AUGGCCGAGCACAAAGCCAAGUACCCCAUUAAAAGCGAGGACAUCACUCAAAAGAUUCUAGAUAUUGAAAUACGGGAGGCGACAAGAGAAACGCUCAUCAAAUCGUGUCUCAUCAAAGCUUUCGAGCUUGCAACAAACAAUCGCCUGAAAAAGAGUAAGCUGUCUCAUCUGUCCACAUCCCCACACAAGGACUGGUCCAAUGCUUCACAGGAACAAACUUUAAAGAAACUCAACGAGUUUGAGCGUAGAGUCUUCGUACUAAAACUGGAGUUAGCUACCAAAGAGCAUGCCCAUGAAGCCAAGCUAGAUCAACUCAACAACAUCAUUGACAAGCUUCAAUCUCGAAUCGAUGAACUGGAAGCCUCGAAGAAAAAAGAGUCACAGAUUUCGUCGCUCAAAACAAUGCACUCGCCCCGGGCUAGGUUCACACCCCAAGCAGGGCCAACACGUUCAAGUCAGGCGGAGAAAAGAAUGCCUGCGAUAAGCCACUCACCUUUUGCGGGAGAUACCUCAUCCAAGAGCCUCUUCGUGGGUUCUGAUCUUGCAAGAAUUGCGUCCAAGGCAACCCUCAAGUUGUCAAAAGAUAGGGAAGCCCGCCCGGAAACCAAUCUAUUCUCUCCCAACAACUCAAGUGCUGAGUCUACACCUUUAAAGUCUGUCCGAAAACUGGAUCUGAAUGUAUCUAGCACGUCUAUACUAGGGUCGUCAGAAGUUGAGGAUACCUUCCAGACCGCCAAUGGCACUUUCGGAGACGGCGCGGAGAAGAAGAAGAAACGUAGAAUCAAGUUGUUGUCAUCGCAGGCAUCCAAAGUACUGGUCUCAGAUGAUCUCAAUCCCGAAGAGGAUGUCAAUUCAUUGGAUUAUUAUCUAGAUGCAAACUUCCAAGAUGAAACACACCAGGCUACUACAGCCAAAAGAACACUCGAAGACGGACAGGAGCCGGCGCCGAAAAAGAGACAUGUAUUUAAGAUAUGA